GGUAGAGGGAGGUCUCCUUUUCCUUCCCAGUCAUCUGCCUUCCCGAAAUCUUUUUCAAAGAGAUAGCGAUCCGAGCUCGGUUUAUUCAUACUGCAAACUAGUUACAGUGACGUUACAAAGCUACAAGGAACGGAAACGCAGUACUUGGCUCGUGAAGAAAUUACUUCUCCUCGACAGCGCGAGCCGAGAGGGCGUCCCACGAGGGCCGCGAGUGACAGCUGGCGGGCGCGAAGCAGACGAUACGGUCGGUGUACAAGCGGCAACUGCAGCUUCGCACGGGAUCGGACCGACAGGGGUUGGAGUCAGCGGAAACAUUUCUACAGCUAUUAGCAGAGGUCUGGCAGGUGUAUAUACACUCACACCACACACGCACGCUCGCAGCCAGUGGGUGCGGAAACUAUGGAGCGAAUCUACACGUCCAUCGCAGAAAAGAGUGACAGGGAGAUUCUAGUGUGUGAAGUGGACGAGGGUCAGCCAUGUCUGUCAUGCGAAGAUAUGUGUCCCGGCUUUGCUUUUCACAGCUGGAGGAACAACUGUCGUCAUUGCAAGUGUUCACGAGAGAUUCAUGAUGUGUACAAUGACAACUUUGUCAACGUGCGUGACCGACUGGGCUGGAAGAGGGAGGAAGAGCCCGCACAUCAGGUUGCCAAAGAGAAGACACUACGAGAGGGAUUCACCUGGGUGCCUCCUGGUCUUUCAAGAAAAAAGAUUGAAGAGUACAUGGACCAGCUGCCAAAUCAUAAAGUUCCCCGUGUAGGCUCUCAGGGUGAACGAUACCGUGAUCUGCAGAUUAUUAAACAGCUUCCAAAACAGGAUUUGUCAGACCGCUAUUGUCGGCACCUGUUAGAGUCAAGUGAACAUAAGGAGUUUCGCAUAUUCCGUGAACUUCGUGACCAGGUGGCUAUGGACUUUGGAACAGUUAUUGAGGCACCUCUUGAAACAACUUGCUUCAGUUGCAAAGGAGAGAUUGACAAAGGGGAGUUGGUAGUCAAGGCAUUGAAAGUGGGUGAGGAUUGUUCAUGGCACCCUGCUUGUUUUGUGUGCCACACCUGUGAAGAAUUGCUGGUAGAUCUUACAUACUGCCAUCACCACAAGAAUCUGUACUGUGAACGCCAUUAUGCUGAACUAAUUCGCCCACGCUGUCCCAGCUGUGAUGAGUUAAUUUUCUCGGCGGAAUACACCAAGGCCAUGGAGCAGAACUACCACAAGGAGCACCUGGCCUGCUGGAACUGUGACAAAAAGCUGAUUGCAUGCCGCUACAUUCUGCGGGAGGAGCAUCCUCACUGCAUCCCCUGCUACCAGCAGCUCUUUGCCCACAAUUGCGAGGAGUGUGGAAAGCCCAUCGGUCCUGAUUUUAAGGACCUAUCAUACAAGGAGAGGCAUUGGCAUGAAUUCUGCUUCAAGUGUGUCAUGUGCAAUAAAUCUCUGGUGGAUCAGCCAUUUGCACCCAAAAAUGACAAAAUCUAUUGCUCUGACUGCCAUGACAACAAUUUUGCUGCUCGCUGUGAUGGCUGUUCAAACCCUUUCAGGGGAGGGAUGAAGAAGUUUGAAUACAAGGGAAAGCAAUGGCAUGAUGAGUGUUUCGUCUGUGCUGAAUGUAACCAGCCCAUUGGCAGCAAAAGCUUCAUACCAAGGGAUGAGCGUGUCAUCUGCGUACCAUGCUAUGAAAGCAACUAUGCACAACGCUGUACUAAAUGUUCUGGAGUGAUCAACAAAGGUGGCAUCAGCUACAAAAACACACCCUGGCAUCGUGAGUGUUUCACCUGCACCAGCUGUGACAAGAUGUUGGCUGGUGAAAAAUUUACUUCCAAGGAUGAGAAGCCCUAUUGUGGCGAUUGUUUUGGUGAGCUGUUUGCCAAAAAAUGUUGCCGAUGCACCAAACCUAUCACAGGUACUUCAGAAAAUGGUAUUGGCGGCACAAAGUUCAUAUCUUUCGAGGAACGCCACUGGCACAGCGAAUGCUUUAACUGCUACAAGUGUGAUGCCUCCAUGGUCGGCCGUGGAUUCCUGAUGAAUGGUGACGAGAUCCUCUGCCCUGAGUGUGGACGCAGCUAAUCUGUGCAUCCAUGUAGUUUGUCCUUUCUUCCAGUGUUAGCUACCAGCCAUCAGGAAAAAGCAAGAAAAGUUGCAUUCAAAAAGCUGGGACUUGUUUCCUUCUGCAGGUUGCUUUGGGUGAACAUCCCUUGAACUGAUACCAAGAUAUGACAGUUCUUGGCAAGUUUUACUCAAGGCAUGCAUACUCUUGCCAUAGCAUAUUUUGGCCAUAGCUAAUGUUGUCACCAGACAACAGAUUUUGCUGAAUGGAUGAUGCAGAUCUGUUUUACAUUGAUGCAUAUAUAUACUCCUGCUUCUGCUAGUUCUUUUUAAUACAAGACUAGUACAAGUAGAGACAGUGCUGACUUUUGUGUUGCAUUUUUCACACAUUUUGAGACCACACUUUCAAAGGGGUUUAGUUGGGGGUACCUUUGGAAAGCCACAUCUUGUCACAUGACCAAGUUUGAUGUUGAUGGGAAUGACCUGUGCUGAUGGUACGGAAUCAGAAUGAGAGGAGAGGAAGUGAAGGCGUGAAACGUGAUUGCAUGCACAGUUGUAGGGUUUGUGUAUAACGAAUCAAUGUGCAUGGCUAAAAGGUAUCCUGUGUAUAAUAGGCUAGCCAUGUUUUAAGAACCUGGUUUGACAGCUCAUUCAACUUUAUAUGCCUAGAGGAGAGCUGGUGUAUUUUGUAGGUAACUUCUUGCAUUAUUUUUAUUUGAUUUUCUUGAUGUUAGAAGUUACAUUUGCCACAGCCUGCAGUUAUUUUGGUCAGUCUGAUGGAUGGCAGGUUUGUGCUCUGCCUGUUAGUCAGUUUCAUGAUCACCAGUUUUAAUGUUCUGUUAUUUGUCUUGAACUUAAUUGAUUUUUGCCAUUAGGAAGUGUGUUUAUGCAAGGUGUUGCUAUUUCAUGUUAAGAGUUUGUUUUCUGUACUUUUCAGAUGUUUUGAGUUGUUUUUCUUAGUAUUGUGCAUUUCCACUUUCCACUCCCUUGUUCUGGCGUUUGUUUAGCCUUCAUGAAUGUGAAUUGUUACUUUGACCAUAACCUGCUUUGUUUUGGCACAAAACCAUUGGGAUGGAUGGCAGUUAACAAAAUGAUAUGCAAUUUUUUUCACAUAUUAAAUUAAGACUUUAACAGCCUGAUGACAAAAGAAGUUCUCAGCAUCUAAGCUUCAUAAAACACUGUUUGCCUUAAGUUUCAAAAUACAUUUUCACUUUCUGGGGAGGAGACAAGAAAACACAAUACCUUUUGUAAACACACAACUGAAGCACACAAAAUUUCAGAAAUAGGGCUGCUUCAAAAUCCUUGUCCAUGCCAGGCAGCACAUUUACCUGUGAUAUGCUUAACAUUCAGCCAAGACUUGCUUGCUGUCACCCUUCCUGCCAUUGUCAGCUUGCAUUUCAGGAAGAGAUUUCUGUGCAACAAAGCUAGAUGUUGGGGUUAUGCUAUAGUGCUACAGCUGAUCUUUGAUCAUAAAGAGAUAAAGUCUUCAUCCUUGUGUACAAGGAUGUGUAAAAGUGGUUUGUGUGAAAUACCGUCUAUCCAACAAAAUGUGUAAAAUAUGUAUUUUUUUCCAUGCAGGUAAAUCUGUUCCUACUUAAAUCAUUGUACAUGCAAUGUAUCUGACACAUGAACAAUCUCCAGGCCAAGUGAAGAAGCAUGUGCUGGGCACUGGGAAAAGAAAAGUUGCUGCCAAACUAUUAGAGUUUGCCAUUUCAGUUACAGUCAUAAACUACAGAGUUGUGGAUUAGCCCAUGCACUUUGGAAAACUUGAGAAGGGCUGCUAAAAUGAAGUGAGCUGUGAAUACAAAAAAGAUAAGUAUCUGUUGAAGCCUAGGGGCUGUUGUCUGGAUAAUCAUAUAUUUGCAAUAUUAUUAUCUGUACAAACCUCCUGGUCACAGUGCUUGAGUGUUGUUCAAAUCCAUCUCUGUCUCAUUUUAAUUCUUUGGUCUAUGCACAGCUGGAGGCAACAUUAGAUGGAUUAUCUUUGUUGCAAACUUUGACUAAGGCUGAUGUACAUAGAGUACAGCAUUUUAUUAAAGUUAUUUUUGCAUUGUUUAUACUGCCAACACCUAUAAUCUGGAUAUGUUUCUAGCCCACAAUAACCAAUAGAUUUUCAUGCUUUGAAAUAGGAAUACCCUUGUUAGUCUUGUUUAUGUAAUAAUUUGUGCAUACAAGUUGGUCACCUUAAUCUAUUUUGAAGAAACUUGUUUCGAAUAUUUAUUGCUCCCUUUCUUGCUUGUUGAGUAGCAGCUCAGGUUAAUCCUGUUAACUGUUUAUCAAGUGCUGAAGUUUGAGAACAAUCAAAAAAAUGUGCACACAAAUACAAUGAUUGUCAAGGCUGAAUGUCAAUAUGCUGUAGACACACCGUAGGGCCUAAUAAAAUGUAGCAUGAAUUAUUUUGUCGGCUUAGGGGAGGGCAUUUCAAACAUGCCACGCAAGUAUUUUUAUAUGUGCAAUUGUGGAAAAUUACUUUCCUAAUUCAAGUGGUAGAAUUUCAUCAACCAUCUCUUAAACACAAUUGGGUACUGCCCUGAAGGGAAAGGGUGAGGAUGCAGAAAAUUUUUAUCAAUUAUUUAAAAAUUUAACAUUUAUACAUGGCCUUACUGUUUCUUUCCAGGCAUUAUGUUGACCUUACUCUGAAAUAUGUAGCUGCCCAUGCUUCAGCUUGUUUACAAAGUCGUGGUCUUGCUGUGUAGUGUGCAGUGUGUAAGCAAACUCUGUGAAAGGGCAGAACAGCAGACACAGAAUUUGUGAUAUGUAGAUAUAAGCCAUACAGGAUUAAAAAAAAAUUUAUUUGAAAAUCCAA